GAGCAGAACUAAGAUUAUUAAUAGAACAAAUGAAUAUAACUGGUGGAAAUCUUAAAAAUUAUACCAAAACUAGAUGGACAACUGCAAGUGAAGCAGUUGAAAGUGUUUUACAUUUAGAAAAAGUUUUAAAAAAG